UCAUUCUCUGUAGGAGAAACUAUGAAUUUUCUGAAAAAUCCUCUUCAAGCGAAGAAAUGCUUAUCUGAGGUAAUUUAUGGUAGUACAAGAUUUAGGUUACCUUGUUUUCUCCGUGGAUGUUUCAGAGCGUGCUCCUUAAAUUGUUCAACGUGUUACAGUUAAUAGUUUAAUUCAUUCAUAGUGUCAAUUCAUCAUCCGCAAACUUUUGUUGAUCAUGACAGUAGUUCAGACAGACAGAAAUAAGCUGCCUGGGAGCAGUAGUACUAAUAAUUUGUAAUGGGUAAGCUGGGGUACCCCGCACUAGUUGCAAAGUAUUGACUCCAUUUUUCCUUUUUUUUGGUUGCAAAAGAAAACAGAAAUAGAAUUCCUUUUCCUUUCGUUUCAGCGAACCAUAACGGCCACGCGGUUAGCGUACAAGAUACGGUAAUCGUAACAACCGACUCAAAAUUGCAGUUGGCUCCCCCAAACUCUGAGAAAGUUCCAGAAAGCCCCCAACGGAUUCCCCCAAUUUAUUUUGCUUGCUUCUCUUCCCGCUCCGGCUCGUCUUCUUCUCGCGCAGCAAUUCCCCCCACCACCUCGCGCUUCUCGCCGGCUCGUCCCGCUCCGCCGCCGCCGCCGCCGCCGCCCCCGCCCCCGCGAUCGAUGGAUACCCCCCGCCUCCAGCUCCGCGCUCGAGGAGCGCCGCUCGCGGUGCCGCCCCGCAUGGCCACGGGCCCCUUCCCGAUUACCAUGGAGGGGAAGACCGUGCACUUCCGCUGCAGGUGCCAGAAGUAUGGCGGAGACGUCGCCAAGGUGGAUCGAGGCGACGGCGAGGAUGGGUCUUCCUCGACCGUGCUUGUACAGUUAUCCUGCAGGCCCCCCAAGCGUCCGUUCGCUUUUGGAGAGCGGGCCUUCAUCGAGACUCCGGUGGGCUCCUGGCCGGGAACGGUUGCAGAGUUCAAGGGGACCAGUGAUGCAUCGCUGUACACCCUUGUUCCCGUCUCCGUUGCAGAUUUCGCUUAUGAUGGCUUGGUGACAGUAUAUCCAGCCAAGUUCCAGAGAAGCCACCUCACGUUUUCCAUGAAUAACCUAGCAAAUGCAAGGAAACUUAAAGUUGGUUUAAUUGGCUUUGGAGCCCUUGGGAUGCGCCUUGCUGAAGCACUAGUUGACAGUGAAUUUAUCGAUCUUGUCGCCAUAAUCAUUGAUUGUCCUAUCUCUGAUAUGCAAAGGGACUGGAAAAAGAGUGCCAUUAGCUUAAGGAUCGAAGAUGAUAGAACCAUUGUCUUUAAGAAGCAAAACAAGGGUGCCGAUGAAGAAGUUCUGGUACGAGUAGUCCGUGACAGGGUUUCGUGGGAGCAAGUGUCUAUUGAUUAUGUUGUCGAUUCACUGCAUAUUGUGACUCAUAACAAACAUGUCAUCCACUCAAUGGCUUACGAAGGUGAGGAUAAGGCCAAGGCUUAUUCACUAGUUCAUGAUGAUGAGGGCACCUGUAGCCAGAUUCCCAAGGUCACUGCUGCAAUGGAACUCAAGUUCAAAUACGUGAAGAUUGUCGUGACUACUGCUGGUACAAUUGAGGCUCUGAAGUCAAACCUUGCAGAGUGGGACCAUGAAGGAUCUUCUGCACGUAUAUGCUUCCUGGCUCAUAAUAACCCUACGGAGAGAAUAUGCGAUCCCUUCACAGAUAAGUCUGAUAACAAUGUGGAUGCCAGUAAUCGAGCUUCCGCUCUAUUGAGAAUCUUUAUUGAUCUCAUCAGACAUGUGCCAAUCAGUGGCUGCCAACUGGAGCUUUAGUGAAGAUCACCUUGUUUUCCUCCCAGGCUACUCAUGAGUGAGGUCCCAUUCCAUACAUAAGAGUUCACACUUUGUAUAUAGUCAUAGCUCCUAUACCAGCUGUAAGAAACAAGGGACAUGCAUAGUUUCACGUCUCUGAAAGGCAUGUGGUCGGUACUUUUCCAAGGGCUACAAUUACACGGAUGAUGCAAAAAAAAAAUUGUGGUUUGCAAUAAUCCUCACGCUUAAGUUUCAUUCUGAAUGAAAAGGAACUCUUCUUUCUACAU